AUGUCUGCUGAUACAUCUGCUGCGAAUAACUCAAGCAUUCAAUCAGAACAUCAUACUAGUGAACGAGUACUGUCUUAUAUUCAAAUUUUCAUCAGACGACUGAUUGCACGUAAACCAAUGGGAAUAUUACAAGCUGAAAUUGAUACACGAAAUGAAUUGAGACGUGAUCUAGGUCGGAUUCAAUUACUUGCUAUAGGUCUUGGUGCUAUUAUUGGUGCUGGGAUAUUUGUAUUAAGUGGACAAGCUGCUGCAAAAUAUUCUGGUCCAUCAGUCAUCAUUUCAUUUGUUAUAACAGGUGUUAUUGUUUUCUUGUCAUCUUUAUCAUUUUCAGAAUUAGGAGCAAUGAUGCCUAGUUCUGGAUCAGUUUACACAUAUACUUAUGCAGCUUUGGGAGGUAGGCAAUCCAAAGUAUU